AAACCUGUCGAAUUGCCCACCGCCUUGAAGGGACAUGUACGGCCGAUUACUUGUGGCUGCGGGCACCAGAACAUGUGGUUCCUACCGCUCUGGGUGCCGGCGUUUGGGUGGGGUUUCCGCAAGCGCCAGCAUGCUUGGCUUUGAUCGACUCUACGGCGAUUUGAAAGGAGUCGUGAGACUGGAGAUGAACAACCCCAAGGCCAACGCGCUGGGCUUGAAGCUGAUCUCGGAGCUAGAGGAUGCCGUCGAAGCCGUUUCUCGAGACGGGUCUGUCCGAUCGGUGGUUCUGAGCAGCGGAGUGCCGGGGGUGUUCUGCGCCGGCGCCGACCUCAAGGAGCGUGCGGUGAUGACCAAACCGGAAGCCGAGCUGUUUGUCGUGAGACUGCGAUCGCUCAUGUCGAAGGUGGCCAGCAUCCCAGCGCCUACGAUCGCCGUUGCUGAAGGCGCCGCGUUUGGCGGAGGACUAGAGCUGAUGCUGGCGUGCGACGUGCGUGUUGUCGGCGCGAAGGCCACGAUGGGUUUGACGGAGACAAGCCUCGGGAUCAUUCCGGGGGCUGGAGGCACACAGCGCCUUCCUAGACUCAUCGGUGCGUCCAAAGCCAAGGAGCUUAUCUUCACGGCCAGGAGGGUGGACGCUGUGCGCGCGCUUGAGCUGGGCAUGGUGAACGCGGUCUUCGACGCCGGUCAGGCGGAGAAGGGGGCGUUCGCGAUGGCCGGGGAAAUGGCGAGAAGAGGGCCGCUUGCCGUGCGAGCGGCGAAGCUUGCUAUUGACGAGGGUUUGGCGAUGGAGGAUGUCGAGCGGGGCAUGGCGAUCGAGCGAAGACUGUACGCCAGAGUCCUCGGCACGAAAGACAGAGACGAGGGGUUAGCGGCGUUUCAGGAAAGACGGCCGCCAGACUUCACAGGAGAAUAGCACCCACCAUUUACAAAGAUGAGAAAGAUGGUUUGGAGAUGUCCUUCAUGAAGGAUGCAAUCUCCCAUCGUAUGGUUCGCUCUGUUCACAAUUGGUUUUUAUUUUUCCUAUUUUGCCGUCGUGUGAUCGCAGCUGGUAUGUCACGGCAGUGUACAACGAGCGGUGUAGCCUGGCGCCCAGAAGACGUGGAACGAAGAACGCAUGCACAUAUAGCGUCGUGACACUGCUGUACAUAGUCGUCACACGGCUAAGAGCUCGACGGUUGCCUGCUUGCACAAUUUGCAUGUUUGCACGACCAUUUUUGAGGUGUAGUCGCUGCGGCACCGGUUAAGAAAAUGAGGAGAGGAGAGAGGUCGGCAGAGAUGGAGCAAGUGCGGGAAGAAGACUGUCAGGCUUUGCCGGGAAGCCCUUCCACUGCUGUGCCAGGCAUUGUCUGCGUGGCAGGCAUUGUCUUGAACGGGUAUUUCAGUUAGUUUUCUUCAGUGGUUGUAUGUAUACAUAGAUUUCUUAACACCCGCAGGCAUUGACACGCGGUCAUCUCUCGCGAUGAUAGUAUAGAAAAGAGGUUCGCCGCCGUUCGUUGUACGUUAUUAGACUACUUGAUGGGAUGGGGUCUACAGUAUUGGUUGUUUUCUCUGGGAGGCAGCAUCAUAGUUUGUAUCAAAGGAUGUUUGAACGGGGGAGUACGGAGCCAUGCUCGCCCUGGUGGGACUCCGAGCAGCUGGUUGUCUGCAGUUAGCGCCGGCACUUAAGAACCUCUAGUUUUGGCCGAAGGGGGGAAGAUGUUGCUACUGUUGUUCCUCUUGAGGGCUACAGAUAGCAGCCGUUUACAGGCUUCAGUGUAGGGUUUCUCAACUGGGCUCACCAAUGGUACUCAAGUUCUUGGGUUUUGAGUUCUUCGACGCCCCAAGUUCUUAGUAUUAACUGCCCAGUUCUUUCUUGGUGCUGGCUCGAACAAGGCGCGAACUGCUGUCUGUGACAAGGUUACGGUGUAGUCUUUAUAUCUGAAAGAAUGAAACAUUGUGAAAGGCUGCCUACGGAGAGGAGUCAAGAUGGUGUUGUUGCUCGCUAUUUGGGGUGAAGAGCUCAAGUCAAGAAAUUCCAGCGAUGAUUCAAGCGCGGGG